AUGGAAUUCUACAAAAGACAAAGGCUUAGGAUUCUUAAAGGAUCCUACUUGGUGUUGUUAGUGAUAACAGUGAAAAGUCUUGCAACGGGCAAAGACAAGAGCAAUAGAGGAGAAAAGAAGGAUGUUAAUGGACGAACGGGUCAGCAGGAGCGGAAAGUCAGAAAAUAUAAGAUUGCUCCCCGGCUCUCGCAUAUGUCUUUGAACCAGCUUUCGACUAGAGGCGUCACAGAAGUAGAUAGUGUGCCGAGUUCGAGUUCUGGCGACGAUGACAGUUCCUCUGAUGAUGGAAAUUGCACUUUAGAUAAUGAUGCAAAUGGCAUCACGCACCGUAGAACGCAUGUUAAUGAAUCCAAGUUUAAGAAGCAGCAGCGGCGGCGCCUUGGUGAAAAAAAGAAUUUCUUGGUCAAACUCAUUCUCACAGACAAGAAAUGCUUGCUCAUCUUUCUCAUUCAAACAGUGUUGUUAGUAAUAAGAACUGUUCUCUCUUUGAAGGUAGCCAAGCUAGAUGGUGUAUUGGUGUCUAAAUUAGUUAAGUCGGAAUAUUCCAAUUUUGUCAAGGUGCUUUUGGGCCAGUGGAUGACUUUAGGCAUACCCGCUAGUAUCGUCAAUUCUUUGUUGCGAUAUAUGACUAGAAUAAGCGCAAUUGCAAUAAACAGAAAAGUUUCUGAGGCUCUUUUGGAUAAAUAUAUGUCUUCCCAUCAAAUAUUCUACGCUAUUAAUAACCAACCUUCAUCACAAGUAGCGGGUUUAUCCAGUGGUAGUCUAGAUAACGUAAUUUCUUCCACCUCUACUUCAGAAGGUAAAAACGCCGAUGAUAAUGAUCUGUCGGAUUCUCCAGUUCAGUACUUGACGAGAGACGUUGGAGCAAUGUCUUACAACAGUUCUGUUUUACUAAAUCAGCUAUUGAAACCAUCGUUGGACUUAAUUCUAUGCUCAUUCACACUUCUAUCGAACGCUAACAGCACGUUCAUGGGCGAAGGGACGUUGGCUUUAGGGAUUGUUGUACAUUUGAGUAACAUAGGGCUAAAGUUAAUACAACCAAAUUUCACCAAGAUGCAAAUGAAGAAAACUCAGCUAGAAGGGCUAUUUAGAUCUUUGCAUUCUAAGAUUCACUCAAAUUGCGAGGAAAUUGCGUUGUUAAAGGGCCAAAAGACAGAACUUUGGAACUUAGAUUACGCCUUUUACCGCCUAUACACAUAUAUGUCGCAUGAAAUUAGAUCAAGAGCGUUGUAUGAUUUUGCAACUACUUUUAUCAUCAAAUAUAUAUGGGGAGCAGCUGGCUUGUUGUUGUGCUCAAUUCCAAUAUUUUUGCAGGAUACUAUAACAAAGGACAAGACCGCUGAGUUCAUUACAAAUAGAAGAUUAUUACUCACUGCAUCUUCUUCUAUUGGAAGAUUUGUUCAAUUAAGAAGAAAUAUACAGCAAUUGCAAGGGGUUUCUCUAAGAUUGAACAAGUUCAAUGAUGAGUUGGACGAAAUUAUUAGUGCACCGCAGCUUAGGGAAGAUGCGGUUCCUAUAGAGUACAAUGAAAAUGUAAUUGAGUUUCAAAAUGUGCCAUUGGUAACUCCAACCGGACAGGUAUUGGUAUCUGAAUUAUCUUUCAAAUUGGAGAGGUUUAAUCAUAUGCUCAUCAUAGGUCCAAAUGGAUGCGGAAAAUCAUCCUUAUUUAGAUUAUUAGGUGGUCUAUGGCCAAUCAGCAAAUCUUUGAAUCCUGACCAUGAAACAAAGCUUAUUAUGCCUCCUAGAAAGGGUACUCUGAAUGAAAGUACCAUAUAUUACCUACCUCAAAAGCCGUAUAUGAGUAGCCAAGGUACCCUCCGCGAGCAACUAAUAUAUCCCGAUACUAUGGACGAGUAUAUGGAAAGGUUCGAUGGAUCCAUUGAAGUUGGCGAUCAACUCUUACUUGACAUAUUGCAGGUACUUGAUUUAAAUGACAUGAUCAAUGAGAACCUAUCAAUAGUCAUGGCACGGGAUAAUAAGAAAGAAUGUACAUUUAAAGAUGCCUUGGAAUUGGUACGUCCAUGGUCCGCAGAGUUGACAAUGGGUAUCCAACAAAGGCUUGCAAUGGCCCGCAUGUACUAUCAUAAGCCAAUUUUUGCAGUUCUAGAUGAGUGUACUAGUGCUGUGUCACCGGAAAUGGAACAAAAGAUGUACCGACAUGCUCAGGAUUUGGGAAUAACUUUGAUAUCAGUGUGUCAUAGAACGACGUUAUGGCAUUUCCAUACGCAUCUCCUAAGCUUUGACGGCAAAGGUAACUAUAAGUUUGGAAAAUUUGACCCGGAACAAAGACUUAAAGAUGAAGAGAAAUUGAUGGAACUAAAUAAACUUCUCGAUCAAGAAGUUCCAAUUAUGCAAAAACGUUUGAAAGAACUAACUAUUGCGAGAAGCUCUAACCUAUUAAAGAAUUCUCAAUCGAAUUUGAAUUUGUCUACCCCAGCACCCGUAAAGGCGUGA